UGUAAACAGCUUGUCCGGGUGAUUGAUGCACAUACACGCCGAUGCUUGUUGUUCGUAUUUACACGCAUCUUACACGAGAGUUGGAUUUUUUAAUGUGUUGGCUACAACACACUUGUCUUCUACAGUACACCAUCAACGUCAACGCCCGAUCAUUUGUUGCCUGCCAUCAAAACGCAAGGUCCUGGUCGGGAAUUGCGAGACUGUAUCGCCUAGGAAAUAAAAGAAACAACACAACAUGAAGACCCCAAGCACACUGCUCUGCUCAUCGAUCCUCCUGUGCCUGGUGAUGCUCAGUCAUAGCGCACCCAAUUCAAGAAGAUCCCGAGCUGCAGAUGUAGACGAAGAAAAUACUAGGCAAAGCAAAAUACAAGAAGAUUUCAAGGAAGAGGGGUCCACGGAAGGGCCAACCCCUUCGAACAGGAAAAACAAAGCGCUCAACCUCUUCGGAUAUUUCCCCUCAUUCUUAUCCUCAGGCUUGGACUACUCAGACGAUGACGAUGAUGACGUCACUUUCUCCGUCAAUGACGACCAUUUUGACGACGAUGACUUGUCUAGAACCAUCCCUAACAGACGCAGGCAGCAAAACAAGAAGAAGAACGGCAAUGGAGACGGUUAUCCUAACGACAACCUUAACUCACUCCAGUAUGAUAACUCGCCAAUUUUCUACAUCAGACUUCCCCCUACACCGUACAUGUUUGUCCCUGGUCUAGGCUACGUAUCGCAGCCCCCCACUCUUGGCCCGCCAAUGCCUCCCAUGAUCCCUCAAGGAGUAGGUCCUCAGGACCCGUUCAUCAACCUGCCCCUCGACUUCAUCUCCAACGGCAAGCCCACAGGCGUGUAUCAAUGGAACGGUGGAGCGGGUUACCAGCAAGUACCUCAAAUGCAGCCCGUUGAUCCUUUCGGCUAUGGAGCACAGCCCAUGAUGCCAUCGCAGUCACGUCCCAACUACAACAUGCCUUCUUAUAACAAGCCAAAGCCUAAGCCAGCGCCUUCAAACUCCAAGAUCACGAACCUCAAAGGCCAGUACGUCUUCAAUGGAAAGCCAGGAGACAGUGUGUACGUUCUUAGGGACACAUACAACUCCAUAUACUCCGAUGCCCUUCAAAACUUCUACCCUUAGGCUUCAGGUGGUGACCACCACUGCUGGACACGCUUGACUGGCUCGUAUCGAGCUCAUGUAAUUAGGAUUUGAAACGAACCUUGGAACCAGGAUGUAUCUUGCCGGUUAUGUAUUUAUUACAUUAAUUAUAUUUACUUACAUUUCGCGAUCAAACAGGGAAAGUGUAUUUCACGAAUUCAAUCAUCAAAAGAAAUGAAAGUUCAGUCGUUCGUUAACUAAAUUGUUUGCGAUGCAUAUUAAUUAUGUUCAUGGUAUUUAUUUGAUUUUGAAAGUUAUUUAAAUUGACUGUUUAAAUAACUUUCAUUAACCGUGGCUGAAAGAUUUGGGAUUUUCUAAUUAUGUAAUCACGAUUUGUUUUUUUUAUAAUUUUGUCAGUUUUUUUAUUAUGUAUAAUUUUAUUUAUUAAUCCAGAAUUACCAUAAUACUCUUCUAUGUAAAAUCAUUGUAAAAAUAAGUUGGAUUCUUUUUUUAAUUAAGUGAAUAGGUAACUUACUAUUUUAUACGACAUGUAAAGGGUAUACAGCAAUUUUAAACUAAAAGUGUAGGUCUUUUACCAAUUAAUAAAGUAACUAAAAUAGAUGAUCAGUCAUUAAUUUGCUUGAAUGUAAUUAAUUUGUCACAGCCACUCAUGAUUUAAUUAAUUUUAAUUGCUCUAGUAAGCUUUAAUCGAACUAAAAGAUAAUAAAUAAUGCUCAAAAUUAUUCCGAUGACAUCUACUAAUUUAGUAUUAAAAUAAGUGAUUUUUCUGAACUUAAUUAAGUUAGUUACAAUACUUCCUUUCAGUCAAUUAUUAAUUUAGUUGUAUUAAUUUUAAAUUCUUAAUUUAUUAAACACCCUAUAUUUAUUUCAUCACGGAUUAAUUUAUUGUAAUCUUACAUGUAGACCUAAGGUUUACUAUUAGGUACAAAUUUAUAACAUAAAAAUAUUAGUUAAGUCAUAUUAUUCAUGUAGCUUUGUGAGAUUGGAAAGUGUAAUAGCCAGUUAUUAUACGGAACCAACUUUUUAAGUUAAAAUGCGUACUUAUUAUACACUAUGACAAUAAAUUGUAAUUAAUGUUAUGUACAUAGUAUACUUACUCGUAGACGAAUACGUAUAAUGUAUGCUCAAUUUAUUGUAAGUAGGUAGGUACUUAUUAUUGUUUACCCUAUAAAAUUACAGACAAGUAAUUUCGAAUUAUUAUGGGAUGUAAGAAGUACAUACUAAAAUGUAAAUGGUAAUAAAAUAAAACUGGAAUAAUCUAGGAUUUCAAUAAUUCAACUUUCAAUCAGAAAAUUCAUCGCACGUGGACGCUGAAAGUGUCACAACUCAAAAUUAAUGAUAUUAGGAAAUAGUCUUUUGACCUAUCAUGGUGUUUUUAUCUCGCUUUAACAAUGAUAAAUUUAAGACCUUUCAGAGUCUGUGUGCGACGUGCGUGUUAUAGCCAAAGUUGCCUGAAAAGGUGCUCCAAAUUCAUCAAUUGAACAUAACAUAACAUCUCUAUGUGGUUAUUAUGAAAAACGUGAGUUGUAUCAUUAUUAACACAUGGGAUCAUAACAACUGAAAAUAUACCUAACAUCAUGACAAAUAAUUAGUAGUCUAUGUAACAGUGUAUUUGUUUAGUUUUUUUCAAUUGUAAAGAACGAAAGGAGU